AUGCUAAAACGAACACGAUCUAAUAGUGAAUCUCGUGGCAGUGGUGGUAGUAGUAGUAGUAGAACAGUACCAUCAUCAACAAUGACAGAUUUAAAUGCACAUUCAGGUGAUCGAAAAAGAACAUGUGCAUUUACAAAUGAAGCAUGUCAAAUAUUAAAUGAAUUAAGAAAAAAUAAUCUUUUAUGUGAUGCAAAAAUUUCAACAAAAAAAGAUAUGACUGAAGAAUAUCUUGAAUUUCCUGUUCAUCGAUUUAUCUUAGCUGCAUCCAGUCCAUAUCUUCGUAUGGCUUUUACUAAUAUGCAACAUAGUGAAAAUCCAUUUUUACAAUUAGAUAUCGAAUGUGAUGCUCUUGAAUCUUUACUUGAUUUUACUUAUACACGUGAAUGUAUAUUAACAUUAGAUAAUGUUAGUAGAAUAAUUGAUGCAGCAAAAUUAUGUCAAAUGACAAGUUUAUUUCAAUAUUGUUGUGAAUAUCUUAUGCAUAAUUUAAAUCAUGAAAAUAUUUUUCAUUUAUAUGAUUUUGCUAAAUUACAUUCAAAUUCAAAAUUAUUAAAUGUAACUUAUGAAUAUUUAAUGAAGCAUUUUAUUAAAAUAAUAAACAUAAACAAACGUUUUUUGGAACUUUCAUUUGAACGACUUAUGGAAUUUAUUACAAAUGAUGAUUUGAAUAUACGUAAUGAAGAAAACUUAUUUGAUGCAUGUAUUCAAUGGAUUGAUUAUGACAUUGAAAAACGAAAAUCAUUUAUCACACAAUUGAUUCGUAAUUUACGACUUGGUUUGAUUCCAGUACAAUUAUUUACGAGUAAAAUAAAACAACAUCCAUAUAUUAAAAAUAAUGAUGAAUGUAAACCCAUGAUUGGUGAAACACUCAGAUUAUUAUAUAAAUUAGAUAAUGAUGGAAUAAUGGAUACAGAUAUUAAUUGUCCUUUUAUUCGUCCUCGACAUGCACAUGAAAUGAUUUUUGCCUAUGGUGGAUGGUCAGGUGGUAAUGCAACAAGUAUGCUCGAAGCUUAUGAUAUUCGAGCUGAUAAAUGGACAGUGAUUUCAACAGAUCAAGUUCCACCACGUGCGUAUCAUGGUUGUAUUACAGUUGGUAAUAAAAUGUAUGUUAUUGGUGGUUUUGAUGGUACUGAAUAUUAUAAUUCAUGUCGUUCAUUUCAUUUAACUGAUCGAAUAUGGAAUGAAAUAGCACCAAUGAAUGAACGACGAUGCUAUGUUAGUGUAGCUUAUUUAAAUGGUUUAUUAUAUGCUAUGGGUGGUUUUAAUGGGCAUGUAAGACAUAAUACAGCAGAGAAAUAUUUAUUUGAAACUAAUCAAUGGUCAACUAUUUCUCCAAUGCAUAUGCAACGAAGUGAUGCAUCAGCAUGUACACUUAAUGAUCUAGUUUACAUUUGUGGUGGUUUUGAUGGACAAGAAUGUUUACAAACGGCAGAAUACUAUAAUCCAAUUACAAAUCAAUGGACAAUGAUACAACCAAUGCGUAGUCGUCGAAGUGGUGUUGGUGUAAUUGCUUAUCGUGGAUCAGUCUAUGCUAUCGGAGGUUUCAAUGGUACAUCACGUCUUAGUACAGGUGAACGAUAUAAUCCAACCAUGAAUACAUGGCGACCAAUUACUGAUAUGUUUCAUCCAAGAAGCAAUUUUGCUAUUGAAGUUCUUGAUGAUCUUGUGUUUACUAUUGGUGGAUUUAAUGGUUUAACUACAAUAUCAAAUGUUGAAUGUUAUGAUAAUACAACAGAUGAAUGUGCCUGUAUUGUUGAUGGAUUAACAUAUACUAAAAUAUUUCUUUAUUCGAAUGAAACAUUCAUGACACAUAAUCAUUCGACAUCUUUUGCACCAUUACCAAUCGUAAGAACUACCAAUGUUGGACAAAGAACAGCACCAUCAUUAACUGUUCGUUUACCGCCAAUCACAUUGGCUAGUCUCAAUCAGAGUUUGAGAAAUUUUACUCAUGGUCGUUUACAAUAA